CAAGAGACCAGCCGCGACGCAGAUCAACGUCGUCGCAGUUCCUGCACAAUGGAGACGCCACUUGCGCACGCCUUCCACCCAACGCCAGCGCCACACACGCUGGAGGACGAGCUGUAUCCGUUUCUCGAAGGGGAGACCGUCGACUCGCCCGACAACGAGUUCUUCUUGAGCGGGUAUCCCUCCUCCAUCGCCGACCUGGACUUUGCUGCCACUGUGCAGGCGCUACCCACGCACCAGAACGACACAACGCCUGCCUCCUCCCCCCAGCAGCCAAAAUCUUUUGGCGAAGGCUUGUUGCACCAACCUCUGAACCUGCCGCUGUCCCCAUCGGCUUUCCACGAGUCUCCAAAGGUGCAGAAGCCGUUCUUCGACGCGUCACCGCUCAAGAACUCGCGCUCGGGCAACCGCCAACGCGCACGUCCCCGCGUGGCAUCGGCGCCGAGCUCCACGCGCUCAUAUUCACCCACCUGCUCUCCACCGUCGAGCGUGAACGGCAGUGACGGAGGCAGCUUUUGCAUGAAGGACUCGGAAGAGAUCCUCAAUGCGCCCGUUAAGAGCCUCACGGAGGAGGAAAAGAAGCUGCGGCGACGUGCACAAGUGGCCAAGUCUGCAAGAAAGCACCGUAACCGUCAGAAGGAGGAGCUGGCGAGGCUCAGAGAGCAAGUGCUGAUGCUGCAGGAGCAGAUGGCCAUCAUGACCCACCACCAAGGCUCCAACUCCCCCACCAGCAUCAAGCGCGAACAAGACGUAAUCACACAACACCGCAAGCGCAAGAAAGUGGACGAAGACGAUGAGAUCAUGAGCAACAGCGUGCUUACCAACCCGAACGUCGGUAUCAUCGCGAUGCCUCCACAGAAGCCACACAUCCAGCACUGGUACCACCGCUUGCCUGUUGACACACUCGAGCGAUCGACCAUGUUGACACGCAUUGCUGACAAGCGCAUGGCUAUUGGAGAGCAGUACAUUCGCGCGGAAUUUGGCGCUGGGACGUCGUAUCCUUUGACGGACAUCAAACUGAACUCGAACGGACCGGAUCUCGAGAUCAAACAAGUGCGUGGACGGCUUGUAUCGGGUUUUACCCAUCACGAAGUGGGCGAUGCCUGCUGGAACUCAUUUUCCAACUUCUUGUUCGACGUUCCGGAGAGAUUCCGACGCCAUGUGACGUGUGAACGCCUCAUGGAGCUGGAUGCCAACACUCGCUAUGGACGCACGAUCGUCCCGCUGCUUCGGGACCAUAAAGGUCGUAUAGUCUACUUCCACUCGUACUUCCUGGUGCGACGACACGUACGUGAUGACUACGUGAUGAUCACGUGGGAGACGAUCACAGACGACGAUCUGUAUCCACCUUCAGCUGAUGAGAACCCAGAGACGACAUUGCGCAACGACGAAGUUGGCUGCAUGAUUCUGGAGUCAGAGCGCAUGCCGGACCAAAAAGGUGUACGAACCACGUUCCGUUCCAUCACGCAUAGCACACCGCCAGUUGGAGUCAUGACACACCCGCGUGGCAAAGUGAACGAGGCAUUCCUGACGGUGUUUUGCCGCAAUGCUGACACUGUGGAGAAUUCGGCGUGGAACUUGCUGAUAAAAACACACCCAGAGCGUGUGCCCAAAGCGGAAGUUGUCGUGUAAGGCACGUGUUACCACAAGCUAAGCUCUUGCGAUUACUGUAGGAAUUGGGAAAGUGGACUUGAGGUUGUGUUUUGUGUGUGCAGUUUUUUUGCAAAGAAUUAUAAUUUCUAAUGUGUGAAUUUAUUUUGCGUAGAGCUCUAAACGCUGUUGCCGAUUUACACUCUGACCAUACAUGUGCCAACCUCCAUAGCGCGCUCACGAAUGUAGCUGAACACAGUGUCGCCACAGACCUUGGCACCUUCCUCGGUCUUCUGUAAGUAGUUUGAGAUUUCUGGUGCUACAGGGAGUGAAAAUGAGUGCAGCUUUGUGCAGAUCGACCGAUAUACCACUCGUUCCACGCCAUCAUGACACAAUUCUCGACGCACCAUAGCACUAAUCGGGCAAACACACCGUUAGCUGCCAUAUUCUACUACCUCGCCUAAAAGAACACAAAUACGUACGCUCCAAUGAGAUCGCGCUUGAUAGUCUUAUCGGGUUUGAUCGGGUACAGGUCAUCCUGAUCCGCGAAAUCCCACACCAACACACCAUAGUCGUCGCUCAUGCGAUAAAAUACAAGCGAGCGAGACUCUACUACCACA